AUGUCGGGGGGCGUCGGGGGCGCGGUCGGCGGGGGCGGCGGGGGCGGGGGGGCGUCCGCGCUCGGCGGCCUCGGUGGCUCCCUCGAGGACAAGGACUGCGACCUGCUCUGCCCCGUCUGCUUCGAGCUGAUCGACGAGGCGUACGUGACGCGGUGCGGCCACUCGUUCUGCUACGCGUGCAUCGCCAAGUCGGUCGAGCUGCACCGGCGCUGCCCCAAGUGCGGGGCGGCGCUCGCGUCGCGCGACCACAUCUUCCCCAACUUCCUGCUCAACGAGCUGGUGGCGAGGCGGCGGCUGAGGGGCAGGCCGCCGGCGGCGCCCCAGCCGGGAGGGGCGGCGGCGGCGGCGGGGGCGGGCGAGGCGGAGCGGCUGCGCUCGCUGCUGGCGGCCGAGGCGCGCAACCUGGCGCUGGCGGACGUGGACGGCAUGCUGGACGUGCUCACGCGGCGCAAGCGGCUCCUCGAGGCGGAGUCCGCGGCCGCCCAGCACCGGCUGCUGUACGAGUUCCUCGCGCACCUGCUGCGGCUGCGGCACCACCAGCUCGACCAGCUGGCGCGCGAGGCGGCGCUCGUCCGGAAGGACAUGGAGCACGUGGGCGAGGUGCUGCGCGAGUUGCGCGCCGGCGCGGCCGAACUGCAGCGGCCGCCCUCCCCCCACGGCGCUGACGCCCCCCCACCCGAGAUGACCAUGCGUACGUACACUCAUACAUGUGCACACACACAUACUCUCACAACCGGCUCCUCCAGAUGUAUCUUCAAUCUCGGUGAUGUUGCAUUAGCAAUAGAGGCGCGGAGGAGAGGCAAGAGGAGGAGGAGACGUUCGCGGGGGGAGCGGGCGGCGCGGGGGGGGGGGGGGGCGGGGGGAGACGCGCUCGCAGCUCGCUGGCGCCGCCUCACGGCUCACUUCGACGACUUCGUCCAGUGCUACUUCGCGCACCGCGCCGACGAGCUGUACUUCCCCGGCUCGGGCUCCGGCACGGCCACCCCGACGCCGGGUUCCGCCCCCGCCCCCUGCGCCCCGCGCGCCGCUCCCUCCGCCCCCUCCGCCCCCGCGGGGGGCGCCCUCGACGCGGACGCGGUGCCGCAGCAGGGCGCGCCCGACUCGCGGGCCCCCAGCGCCGCGGGCACCGAGCGCUCAUUACUCGCCGGUGAGGGCUCCAGGGAUGAUCGCUACGUAUCUCCACUCGGCACGUGCCAUAUUGUCGUAACCACCACCAUGGCGGUGCUGACGACGGAGGGUUCGUUGGCAGGUGGCGACCAGCGCGCCCCCGACGGCGAGCUGCCCGCGGGCGCGCCCACUCUAAGCGGGGGCGGCGGGGCAGCGGGGGGCGGAGCGGCAGGCGGGGGCGGGGCGGCGGAGGCGGGCAUAGGCGCCGGGGGCGGGGGGCUCGACGCGUUCCGCGAGGACCUGGCCGCGUUCACGCGCUACCGGGCGCUGCGGCCCCUCGCCACGCUCUCCUACUGCAGCGACGCCAUCAACUACUCGACGAUCGUCUCCACGAUAGAGUUCGACAAGGACGACGAAUUCUUCGCGAUCGCGGGCGUCACCAAGCGGAUCAAGGUGUUCGAGUUCGAGGCGGUGGUGCGCGACGCGGUGGACGUGCACUACCCGUGCGCGGAGAUGCAGUGCGCGCACAAGAUCUCGUGCGUCUCGUGGAACGCGUACCACAAGAACGUGCUCGCCUCGGCCGACUACGAGGGCACGGUGGCCGUCUGGGACGCCGCCACCGGCCAGCGGACGCGCGCGCUGCAGGAGCACGACAAGCGGUGCUGGUCGGUGCACUUCAACCGCGCCGACGUGCGGCUGCUCGCGUCCGGGUCGGACGACGCCCGCGUCAAGCUGUGGGCGCUGAACGCGGAGCGGUCCGUGGCCACGCUCGAGGCGAAGUUCAACGUGUGCUGCGUCCGGUUCAACCCCGCCUCGUCGUGCCAUUUGGCCUUCGGCUCGGCGGACCACUGCGUGCACUACUACGAUUUACGCUCCCCCCGCGCCCCCCUGCACGUGUUCCGCGACCAUCGAAAAGCGGUGUCGUACGUGAAGUUCGUCGACUCGCGAACGCUGCUCUCGGCCAGCACCGACUCGCAGCUGAAGCUGUGGCGGGUGGGCUCGCCGCGCUGCGUGCGCUCCUUCACCGGCCACGCGAACGAGAAGAACUUCGUGGGGCUCGCGACCGACGGCAAGUACGCCGCCUGCGGCUCCGAGAACAACUCGCUGUACGUGUACUACGCGGGCCUCUCGCGGCCUCUGCUCACUUACCGGUUCGAGGCGGCGCGCGGGCUGCUGGAGAGGGAGCGCCGGGAUGAGGAGCCCUCGGACUUCGUGUCGGCCGUCUGCUGGCGGAAGGCGCCCGAGCGGCCCGUGCUGCUCGCCGCCAACAGCCAGGGCACCAUCAAAGUGCUCGAGCUCGUC